AUGCCGUUCAUGUAUGCAUUUGGCUCCAACGGUUCAGGACAGUUGGGGAUCGGCCAUACUGAAGACGUCUCACGGCCUGAGAGAUGCCUCUUCCGAACCCACGAACGGGGGGAGAAUUCCGACCAUGGUCUAACUUUUGACGGGAGAAAUCCCUUGGAAGGGAGCGCUCCAGCACAAGUAUGUGAUGUCAAGAAGAUUGUCGCAGGAGGGAACCAUACCCUCCUCCUCACGACCGAUGGGCGGUUGUUCAUUGCUGGAAACACGGGCAUGGCGCGCGUCGUCGCAGAGAACGUCAAGUCUGACCGCAGUGUGGUAUUCGAAGAGAUCACCGAUCAGUUUUCCACGUUGGGAAUCUCAAGAAGGAAUACUGGACCACGCAAUGUGGUAACUGAUAUUGCGGCGACUUGGGGCGCUUCCUUCGCAGUCGUAGAUGGCAAGGCCAUCGUCGGGUGGGGGGUUGGUACUAAAGGCGAGCUCGGCUUAGGUCCUGGUGUGACCUCUACGAAUGGGCAGGUGAUGAAACUAUUUGAAGCUGAUUUAGUUUCAAGUCAUGGCGAAGCUGUCGAAAUUCUGAAUAUUGAGGGAGGUGUGGCCCAUGUUGUUGUCCUACUUUCGCAUGGGCGGGUCUACGGUUGGGGAAGUUGUCGGAAAGGCCAGCUUGGAGAACGGCUAAAGGCAGAGAAAAUUGUGUGGACCCCUCGGAGUCUUGGUCCAGGAGUCGAUGAAGAGGAUCUAAUGCCUUGGAUGCCGGAGAGAGUGACGCUCGGUAGGGAGUAUACCGUUUUCGUCAAGACGGGGAGGCGGCCGGUAGUCUGGGGGGACACCAAGUUCUUUGACCAAAAAGAUCUUAAAUGGACGGUGGAAGAAGAAGAUACGGUUGCUUCCGGUUGGAGUUCAAUUCACAUCCUCUCGCGUCGACUGUUAGACCCGUCGCUGCAGGGUGCAGGCAGAAAUGACCACGGCCAACUUCCUCCAGCUGGCCUUGCGCUCGUCCAGACUCUGGCGGCGGGAAGUGAGCACUGUAUCGCCCUCAGCGAGGACAACGAAGUCAUCGCUUGGGGAUGGGGCGAACACGGGAACUGCGGCGAGGAGCUGGAUCCAAGUGGGGACGUGAUCGGUCGAUACAACGUGAUUCCCUUGCCAAAACUCGACGAAGAUAUUUUCGCUAGGAACGUGGCGGCUGGGUGUGCCACGAGCUUCGUAAUUUGUGGGAAAAAAGAUGGGUGA